AUGGCCUCUACCAUUGAGCUUGCGUCUUCCUUCAUUGAGGGCGCCCCGCCCGGCGAGCUUGCCGAUGUUGUUGCCGAUGUGCAAGCUCUGAUGUCCGACGGGACUGAUAUUCUCCCUUCGCUCGCCCCUGCCUUCGAGCGAUACAAUGAGAGCCAACUCGCCACAGUGAAGCUACCAGGCUCAAGUCAGGAGGUUAUUGUCAGUGAAUUUAACAAGGUGGAGGGCAACCGCUACUUCGAUUCGGAGAGCCAGACCUCGUUUGAAAUCGACCAUACAACCCAGACCGCCUCCAAUGUGCAGUCAUCGCCUUUGGAAUCACAGAAUACCGCUUUGAUUCAAUCGCUGCUCAAGUCGCUGGGCGUCCAUGCCCGGGAGCAUUACCCAAGCUGCUCGUACGGUGUCUAUCCCAUCGAGAACGACUCUGCUGUCGCAAUCCUUCUGGUCGCAAACCGAUACUCUCCUAACAACUUCUGGAACGGUCGAUUCCGUGCUAUCUAUCAAGUCCCCGUUUCCUCGUCCACCACCACCGUGGCUGGCAAGAUUCACGUCGAUGUGCACUACUAUGAAGACGGCAAUGUCGCUCUCAACACCACCAAGCCAGUCAAAAUUCCGGUUUCCUCAGUCACUGCCGAGUCCAUUAUGUCUCGCAUUGCCGCCGCUGAGCGCGACUACCAGGAGGAAUUGAACCGGGCAUUCGUGCGCAUGGCCGAGGGUGCGUUCAAGGGCCUAAGGAGACAACUGCCCAUCACCCGGCAGAAGGUGGAGUGGGAGAAGGUUGGUGGAUAUCGGCUGGGCCAGGAUAUUUCGGGUGGCAAGGGACGAUAA